GUUAAAUGGUCAAUCUGGGGAAUUUUCAGCCAAUUUAGCCCAACCAUUUGAAAUUUAGAGUUUUUGUAAGAUAAAACUGAUGGAUUUGUGUUUUUUGUUACUGAUUAGUUCUAGAGUUUUGAUUUUCUAUUAAAAUCCCCUAGAGUUGUGGUUUUGUGUUACCUCAGUCCCAAUAGUUAUGUUAUUUGUGCAACAGUCUUGCUAAAUCUCAGUCGACCGAGUCUUCGUUAAGUCUCAUUUGAUGCUAUAUCCAUGAGAUCACAUGUUGAGAUCCAUGCAAUUUUUUUCUUCUAGCUUUUUUUCCUUGCAUAUUACGUCACUUCGUUGGGACUUGGUUAAAUCUCAAUUGACUGAGACCUAGCCACACCCUUUGUGCAAUUUCCUCCUUCAUCAAAUUGAGGAGCUCUUCACUUCUCAUGUUAUUUCAUAACAUUUAACGAAGUAGCUAAACUUGAACAGGGUUCCCAGGUGACGUGGACGUGCAGGUGACGUACCAACUCUCGAGACCGCACGUGCUGAGCAUGCGCAUGAAUGCAACGACGCGGGGCAAGGCCACCCCGGUGAACCUAGCGCACCACGCCUACUGGAACCUCGGCGGCCACGGCAGCGGCAGCGUCCUCGGCGAGGAGGUCCGCCUUUUCGCCUCCCGGUACACGCCCGUGGACGCCACGCUCAUCCCGACGGGUCACCUCGCGCCCGCGGCCGGCACGCCCUACGACUUACGCAGGCCGGCGACCGUGGGCUCGCGCAUCGGGGGCCUCCUGAGCCGGGGCGUCGAUGGGUACGACAUCAACUACGUCGUGGACGGCGGGGGCCUGGUGGCGGUCGUCCGGGACGGCGCGUCCGGCAGGGCGAUGGAGCUGUGGGCUGACCAGCCCGGGGUGCAGUUCUACAAGGCCAACGGGCUCAGCGGGGUGAGGGGAAAGGGCGGCAAGGUCUACGCUCGGUACGGCGCGCUAUGCCUGGAGACGCAGGGGUUACCCUAUGCCGUGCCCAUGAACCGCCCGAGCUUCCCGUCGCAGAUCGUCCGGCCGAGGAAGGUGUACAGGCAUCACAUGGUGUUCAAGUUCACCUUCUAGUAGCUAGUGGUAUCCGAGGUCCCGAGCUCGCUCAUUUGUCAGGCAAAACAGUUGCUCUCGUGUUUUGUGUAUUGUCUGAAUUUGAUCGAUUGAGCUUCGAGGGAGGAAUAAAAGCAUGCUGCAGGUUCAAGGUUUUUUCAUCUUGAGCUUC